AUGAGCGGUCUAGCAAGUCCAAAUAAUCAACGAAAGCAAAGUAACGCUUCCGGUCACAGCGUUGACCUGUCUGAACAGUCAACUCCCAGAGGAACCAAACGAGACCUCGAGGAUGACGAAGAUUGCGAAUCUGGCGAAGACGAUACCGGAAGUAAGAAUGAAAAGCGCGCGGGCCGUCGUAAGAUAAAGAUUGAAUAUAUCGAUGAUAAAAGCAGGCGGCACAUCACCUUCAGCAAACGAAAGGCCGGUAUAAUGAAGAAGGAGCCUAAAGCGGCAUAUGAACUCAGUACCCUGACGGGCACUCAAGUUUUGCUUCUAGUCGUAUCAGAGACGGGUCUCGUGUACACGUUUACAACCCCCAAGCUUCAACCGCUCGUGACCAAACCUGAAGGAAAGAAUUUGAUUCAAGCAUGUUUGAAUGCACCCGAUACUCCCACAGGCCAGGAUUCACCCGCCACGACACGCACAUCGCAGAAUGCUCCCGUCUACGGAAAUGACAAUUCCGCCCCUGUAGACAACAGUAACAACGAUGUCUACGAUAGCGACCGAAAGCCGCAAACUCCAGGAGGACAAAUCUCUCAGAGUCAACCUUCCUACCUUGGCUUAGCUCCUUACAAUCAAUACGGUGGGAUCCCCAGUAAUAUGGCCUUAGGGACCGGAGGAAUCGCUCCACCUUACAUGUCCGCGGGAUAUCAAUACAACCAGUCGCACUUGAAUCAAUAUACGCCGAAUAGCUACAUGCAACCGGCCGGGUAUUGGCCAUCCUCUAACGCUGCCUCAAAUGGGAACAAGGUGCCCCAGUAUCCAAAUCAAUCUCCUGAAAAGAAGUAA